AUGGUUACCACUCUGUUCGGGGCUGGAGAGUACUUCAGAGGCUGGUCACCCGCGGCUGCGCUAGAGGCCUGUCUUGCACUUUUCGCAACCAUUGACUUCGACCUGACCCAGCUUGGGACCUCGCUGAGAUACGCCCACCAGCCCCCGUCGCCAUUGAGCCCGCCGUACUGGGAUACGGAUAUGGAUGAGAAAAUGAGCAGCCCCGAGAGUGCUAGUGACGCCAGUGUCCAGUCGCGCCACGGCAGACUGAGGGAGGACGACAUUGAGUCGUUGGUGCGAAAGCCCUUGGCCUUGGAGUCGCGAUGGGGUUCCAGCAGUGCCCACGGGCUCCCGUACCUGAUCAGCCGGCCACCUCCCGCCCCGCCGUUAACACCCCCGGAGUUGAGUUCCACCGUCUUCACGCUGGAUGUGCGCGCCCAGGGCCAGGAUAGCUUCAUCCACCAGCCCAACCCGGACUACACCUCUGCCUCGACGCCCAGCUCGGGCUCGCAGCCAAGCACGGUGGUGACAACAUCGUACCCGCGGCGGUUGUCGUACAACAAGACUGUUCCAAUUGGCAUUCCUGUCUCACGGGAGUCUUCUUCACACUCUGACACGGACUUGGUCUUCCCGGCCAAUUCCUACCCGCCCACCAGCCCUGUGUUGCCACCACCGCCAACCUUCCCCGAACUUCUCAAUAACGAUCCUGCCGACGAGGCCAAGAUCGGCCUUCAGGGCGAGCUUGUUGCAGUGCUCGAUCAAGAUGGGUCAGGCUGGACACGUCACACUCGGGUGUACGGCGGCGGGGUUUGUCUCGCCUGCGCCGCCGCAGGCCGAGAACACGGCGAAGGUGGUUAUUACGGCGACACUGUGAGCCCAGAAGAGCGACGUUAG